AUUGGAUGAGAAAUAAAAAGAAAAUAAAACAAGAGAAAAGAAAAAUUAAGGGCCCAAACGGCGGAGGCGAAGAAAAGAAAAAGGCAGCAGCAAGAGGAUCUAGGGCUUCUCUUAGGACCUGUUUGGCCCUCUCCUUCAUCUCUAAUCUCGUUCAAUAAACUUCAAUUACAUACACAAAACCAUGUGAUACAGAAGAUACAUAAACUCGAUUAAAAUUAGGGUUUACUUACUGUUAAAUUAUCACAAGUUUGAAUGAUAAAUCAAAGGACAAACAUAGCUUAAUUAAUAUGCGGGGAUUGGAGAAAUCAAAAAGGGUUUCAUGGGCUUCCGAUGUUAAUCUGUGUCAGGUGAAGCUAUUUUUGUCCGAAGAAUCUCCAUCAUUGAUUGGAUCGGGUGGUCAAGAUCAUCUGCAAGCGAAAUCAUCAUGCCCGUUAUAUACUACAGGAGCAGGACAUGAUGACAAUCUGCCACCUGGUUUCGAAGAAAGUCAUCCUGCGAACGUUUUGCUUAAUAAAUUGUCUGAAAUUUCUGUUAUUCAGUGGAGAUGUCCACCCAAGUUUGCAUAUGAUCCCAACUGGCAAGUGGUUGAUGGUGAUGAAAGCUAUGAAUUAGACCGCGAAAAUGAAAGGGAGAUGAGAGUACUCGAAGCAGUUUAUCCUCGUCCAUCAUCUAUACCCCCAAACCCUUCUUUGCUAAGUGGUGUAGAUAGUUCUGAUGACUCUGAUCAGCAGCAGCCUCCUCUGAUUCCUAUCACGCCCAUUGAAGAUGAUGAUGCUGGAGCUGAUACUUCUUAUGAUAAUGUGCCACCAAACACUGUUCCAAUGAGCUCACAGCCCCAGCAACAUGCUCCACAAAUUCUUCACUCGCAGUCCAAUGCGAGUACCGGCAACCCAUCUUUUAAUUUUAUUCCACCAGCUGCAGCAGCCCUCGGUGUUGAACCUCGUAUGAUUACAGCUGCAUAUAAUGCCUUAAAUGCAGUUAUGGCGAAUAGUGGUCAAAUGACUGCUAUUGACCCUGAUCUACUCCUUACGAUAUUAAAGGACCCAAAUUUGAUGGAGAAGUUGGGGUCAAUCCAUGGAACAAGUACCAGCAACCAGAACUUGCCGAAGCCUAUGUCGCAGGGCAAUACUUUACCCGACCCACCACUUGUUCACAUCCAAAGAGCCGAACCUGUUCCGUCUUCAUUAGCAGCUACCCCAAGCAGACCAUUCUAUCCUCCCACAGUUAGGCCAGGACCUAUUCCUAAUUUGCGUCCACAUGCACCCGAGGUCGUAUCAAUGCCUCCUCCACAGCUUCCUCCAGCUCGAGGAGUUCCAGUAGCCAAGGAUAUCAACUACUAUAAGAGCCUUAUUCAGCAACACGGAGGUGAAAGACCAGAACCAGUGCCACAAUUUAAUAAUCAUCUCCAUCAGAUAAGACCAGUCCAGGGACCAACAAACGAGGUUAUGUCAAGGGAUUAUAGACCUAGAAUAAUGAAGCCAUGCAUGUAUUUUAACAGUCCAAGGGGAUGCAGGAAUGGAGUUAACUGUGCAUUUCAGCAUGAUAUGUCCACACAGCAGAGAGUCAGUGGCAUGCCGGAGGUGCAAAGUGCAAAGAGAAUGAAAAUGGAUGGGGAGCUCACUGGCACAUAGCAAUAUGUAUGAUGUAGUAAUAGAAAGGAGAACAUGAGGAUUGCCAAGUGCAGUCCAGUGUUUUGGUCACUUUCUUGCAAAGCAUGAUGGAUACAAGGUGUGGGGAAUUUCCUGGCUUUGCCGCAAAAGAAGUCAUUAUGUUUGGUUUAUUAAUUUACAAAUUAUUGUUCAUUACAACAAAUCAGAGCUCAAAAUUUUGUGAGUUUGGGACAGGAGUGGCAAUGCAGAGAUUUAUGCAGUGUCCCAGGCCCGGCCAUGAUACCAUUGUUAUGGAUUAUUAGAUUUAGAAACAUAUACUUAAAUUUCGUUAUGAAUUUUACUCCUAAAAAUGACUUGAGGUAUUUA